AUGGAAGAAUUAUUUAGUGUUCAUUAUGCCGAAGUUGGACUCAAAGGCAAAAAUAGGGUGUUUUUUGAGAAACGGCUUGUGGAUAACAUUAAACUCACCCUGCGCGGCACAGGAUAUGCAGAAGUAGAGCGACUUCACGAUAGAAUUCUCGUGCAUCUUGGGCAGAAUGCUGACAUAACAGAAGUUAAGAGACGUCUACGGCAGGUCAUGGGUAUUGCUCAUUUUGAGCUCUCCUCUCGUACCGAAAGGGACAUCACCGCCAUUAAAGAGGUUGCCCUACGACACAUCCAAGAUGUCUCUUACGAGUCCCUUAAAGUUGAGACACGACGGACGGAUAAAACCUUUCCGUUAACCUCUCCGCAGGUGAGUGCGGAGGUUGGUGGGUAUCUCGUCACGAAAACGGGCACGCGUGCCGAUAUGCAUAAUCCUGACUUAGUUUGUUGGGUCAAAAUAACACACAAUGCGGCGUAUAUCUCCACCGAGAAGAUUCCAGGGGUUGGCGGAUUGCCAGUCGGUGUGAGUGGUAAGGUACUCGUCAUGUUGUCUGGUGGGAUUGAUUCCCCUGUCGCCGCGUGGCAGAUGAUAAAACGUGGCGCGAAAGCCGUUUUUGUCCACUUUUACAGUUAUCCGUAUACCGAUAAAGCCUCCUUGGAGAAAGUGAUCGAACUCGCUCAAAUUUUGGCGGUGCCGAACUAUCGUAGUACUGUCUAUCUCGUUCCGUUUGCUGAACUUCAGCAGAUUAUCGUCGCUGCAACACCGUCACCCUUCCGGGUUCUACUGUAUCGGCGGAUGAUGACACGCAUUGCGCAGCGCGUUGCAACUAUGGAGAAUGCGGAAGCACUCGUCACCGGUGAAAGCCUCGGACAAGUCGCUUCCCAAACCCUAACAAACCUCCGAUCGAUUGAAGCAAUCGCCGAUAUCCCAAUUCUGCGUCCACUUAUCGGCGAGGACAAGGCUGAAAUUAUCGAAAAGGCACAACGGAUCGGUACUUUUGACGUAUCCACACGUCCACACCAAGAUUGUUGUUCGCUCUUUGUACCCAAGCAUCCCGCUACCCGCGCAUCGGUUACCGAUUUAGCCGACGCAGAAUCGGGUUUAGAUGUAGAUACGUUGGUUGAAGAGGCAUUAAAUAAUCUUGAAAAACGGGUCGUCGGUUGA